AUGUCUGCCGAAGGUACCAACACACCUCAGCUCACCAAGGACGCUCCUGUCGAGCAGCACGCCGCUGCCAGCGCCGGUUCCCACCACGAUGCCGCCGACGACAAGCUCGCCUACUCGGCGUCCGACCGCGACCUGGAGAGCAGCGGCCGCCCCCCCGUCGAGGCUAUUGAGCCCCACCCGCAGGGUGAGCCCGGUCGCGUCCACAAGCUCUGGCACUCGAUCCGCACCCACAAGGCUACCCGCGUCAUCUUUGACAUGGCCCUCAUCUGCUUGAUCCUCGGUUGGUGGUUGCCCGGUAUCAUCCGCGAAGAGACGCGCCACCGUUGGGUCAUCACCACCAUCUGGUCAUGGUUCUUCAUCCUUCUCAUCCUCUUCCACAACGACCGCUACAUCCCCAAGGCUCCCUUUGCAAACGCCAUCGAGGCUGUCUGGACCCGCUGCGCUGCAGAGCCCUGGAGCAAGGUGCCCCACUACGGCCAGAUCGGUAUCGGUUGGCUUGCUCUCCUCGCCCUUUACUUUGGUAGUGCCUUUGGUAUCAAGGAGGUCCCCGAGUCGCGAUACGGCGACCGUGCUCGCUCGCUCUUCGGUCUUUUCCUCAUCAACUGCUUCUUCUACGCCAUCUCAACCCGCCGCAGCGCCAUCAAGCUCCAGCCGGUCAUCACCGGUCUUGGUCUCCAGGUCAUCAUUGGUCUGCUCGUCUUCAAAACUGGCGCCUUCUUCAGCGUGGCCAAGUGGCUCGCCUUUGCUGCCGCUGACCUGCUCGCUCAGGGUCAGUUGGGUGGUGCCAACUUCUUCUGGCGUGACCUCGCCGGCCAGGGCUACUUCUUCAUCGACACGCUCUCGUCCAUCAUCUUCUUCGUGGCGCUCGUCGUCUUCCUCUCGUACCUCGGUGUUAUGUCUUGGGCCAUUCGCAAGUUUGCCUGGUUCUUCUUCAAGCUCAUGGGCAUCUCCGGUGCCGAGGCUGUCGUCGCUGCCGCUUCGCCUUUCAUCGGCCAGGGUGAGAACGCCGUGCUGGUGCAGAGCUUCCUCGACCUCAUGACCAACGCCGAAAUCUUCCAGGUUCUUACCUCGGGUUUCUCCACCAUUGCCGGUUCCGUCUUCCUCGCCUACGUUCAGAUGGGUGUUUCGCCCACCCACCUCAUCACCGCUGCCGUCAUGUCGAUCCCCGCUUCCAUCGCUGCCUCCAAGAUGGUCGUGCCCGAAACCGAGACCCCCAUCACUGCCGGCUCGAUCAACAUCGAGAUCAACGAAAAGUCGGACGCCGUCGACCCCCUGCACGCCUUCUCCAACGGUGCCUGGCUCGGUGUCCGCGUUGCUGCGCUCAUCUUCUGCAAUGUGCUCUGCAUUGUCUCGCUGCUGUACGCUGUCAACGGUCUGCUGACCUACAUCGGCCACUUCUGGACCAUCAACCACCUCACGCUCACGCUCAUCCUCGGAUACAUCCUCUACCCCUUCGCCUGGUGCAUGGGUGUCCCCAAGAAGGACCUGCUCACCGUCUCGAAGCUGCUGGCCACCAAGAUUGUCGCUAACGAGUUUGUCGCUUACUCGGAGCUCAAGAUGAUCAAGUCGGGGCUCGAGGGCCGCUCGAUCCUCAUCUCCAACUUCAUGCUUGCUGGAUUCGGCAACAUCGGCUCGCUCGGUAUCAACAUUGGUGUGCUCUCGGGUCUUGCCCCCAGCCGUGGUGGUGCAAUUGCCCGCCUGGCGCCUCUGUCGCUGAUGACCGGUAUCCUGGUCACCUGCUCGUCGGCUUGCAUUGCUGGUGUUCUUGGCAAGAACGAGUAA